CAUCUCGCAGGCGACGCGGUCUCGGAGCCUCGAGUCGACGACGAUGGCGAAUCCAGUAAGGCUUCUGCUGCUGGCCCUCGUGCUGCUGACGGCGCUCACAGAUGGCGCCGUGAUAAAAAAAGAGAGCGAGCGGGCUUCGAACUGCGCUUCGGGGUAUCACGAGUGUAUCAAUGGAAACUGUAUUCCGAACUUGUGGGUUUGUGAUGGUUAUCCGGAUUGCUCUCACGGCGAGGACGAGGAUAACNGUAUAUAUUCAACUUCAUCGUGGCCCACAGACACCAGCUCAGCCUGUAGUGGCUUCGUCUGCUACAACGGCGACUGUAUUUCCCAAAGCCAAGUGUGUAACGGCUAUUCCAACUGCCCUUGGGGGGAGGACGAGGAGCAGUGCGGAGUUUCCACGACGGGAUGUGAAUUCUCAUGCUGGAACGGCAUAUGUAUCCCCGGCUCCUGGGUAUGUGAUGGGUAUGCCGACUGCCCAGGAGGCGAGGACGAAUACUGCGCAAGCACCGACUCAUCGUACUCCCCGACCACCGACUUCCCCCAGACCACCCCCUCCUUCCCGACCACCGACUUCCCCCAGACCACCCCCUCCCCCCCGGCCGAAUGCCCCUCCCCAUUCGACGCGGUGGGCGGCAAGUGCAUCCUGGUGGACAUCUUCGAGUCGGUGACGUGGGCGGAGGCCAGGUACCUGUGCGAGAAGUUCGAGGCCGACCUGGUCACGCUCGAGUCGCUGGGUUUCUACGCGGAGCUGCUGGACUUCUUGAACUUUAAAGGUCUGGCUGGACACGAUUACUGGGUGGGCGCCAACGACACCGAGACGGAGGGAGAAUGGGCGUGGCUGAAUGGGACGCCCGUGAGAAUGGGCACGCCUCUGUGGGCGCUGUACCGUUACAGUAGCAAUGACUAUGAGCAGGAGCCGACCUCUAGCGGCAGCGACAGCGGCGACUGCGCCUUCAUGGACAAGUCCCGCUUCCUGUACCUGGACGACGGCGAAUGCGGGAGCACGAAGGCCGCCAUCUGCCAGAAGCCGGAAAGCCUGAGCCAUUACCCAAGAGGAAACCUAGACGCCGUCACUGAUACCCCUUCGCCGAGAAACCCUGCGUUAGCCGACGGCGACGCUAAGCACUCGUAAACGGGAUAUCAGAAAGACAUUCAUGCUUAAUCCUCACAGAAAGCCCCUUAGAUAUAGAAUCCUUUGGCUUGAUUUGACUUCUUGUUAUUGUUGUUGUUAAUGGAAUGUGACUCACGGGUAUCUCUCAUUCCGCCCCGGCGCCGUUAGAGGACUGGGAACGCGAAGCAACAGACUCUGUUAACCAAUAAAUGAUGCACCAGGGGAAAAAAAAAACCUUUCACUGCCAACUGUUAACAAAAAUUCUACGUAAGAUUAUCUGAUAUUGGAGGAAAUAUACAGAGAAGAGACUCACAUG